AUGGGAUCCAGCGACCAGUCCCCCUCCCUCCCCGCCCUGGCCACCAACCCCAAAUUCAUCUUUUUCACCGACUUCGACGGCACCAUCACCCAACAAGACAGCAAUGACUUCAUGACGGACAACCUCGGCUUCGGGCCCGAACUGCGCAAGCGAGGAAACGACGACGUGCUCUUCGGCCGCCGCGACUUCCGCGACAGCUUCCAGGAGAUGCUGGACAGCAUCCACACGCCCCUUGACCAGUGCAUCGAGACCUUGCUGCAAAACAUCAACCUGGACCCCGGCUUCAAGGAGUUCUUCCACUGGGCCAAGGAGAAUAACAUGCCGAUUGUUAUCUUGUCAGGUGGCAUGGAGCCGGUGAUCAGGGCGCUGUUGGCCCAUUUCUUGGGCAAGGAGGAGGCGGAUAGCUUGCAGAUUGUUAGCAACCAGGUGGCGGUUAGGGAGGGGAAGCAGAGUGUGAAUGAGGAGGGGGGGUGGAUGAUUACUUUCCAUGAUGACAGUGGAUUCGGCCACGACAAGUCCCUCGCGAUCCGCCCCUACGCCAACCUGCCCGCCGACCAAAGGCCGGUCCUCUUUUACGCCGGCGAUGGCGUCUCGGAUCUCUCAGCUGCCAAGGAGACCGAUUUGCUCUUUGCAAAGGCCGGAAAGGAUCUCAUCACCUACUGCGAAAAGGAGGGCGUGCCUUUCCGCACGUUCCACGACUUUUUCGAUAUCCUCGCUGUGGUCAAGGACAUUGCUGCGGGCAAGCUGACUGUCAAGGAGGCUGCUGUUGGUAGUAAGUGA